AUGGUGAACAGUCUAUCUAUUGAAGGCUGCAUCCCCCUUUGUUCCUUCUGGGAACUUGAAGAGAGUCUAAAGAACAUCAUUAUAAUGUGCCCUCGCCUCACAAAGCUCGCCUUAUCCCCGGACUUCUUAGUAGCCGAGGAAUUUCGGUACCUCAAUUUGGCUCCGUUGCUGAUAGCGCGGUCAACUCUUACGGAGUUAUCUUUGGGGCGGUCGAUUCCUCUAUCGUUCUGCGUGCUUGAUUUCUUGGGGAGCAUGCCACAGCUCCAAGCGCUCAGCUUGUACGUUGGCAGCACCACCCAGGCCGAGCUUGUUUAUAUGGACCCAGCUUGUCUCGCGAAAUUGGAACGGUUAUGGCUGUACUUGACCGACGGGUGCUCUCUAGACUGCCUUGCUAUGCUGCAGACACCUUCAUUAAUCCAUCUCACUGUCGCUGGAUGGGGCAGCGGACGUAUGGAGGAUAUCAUGCGGGUGAGAGGGCGUAACCUGAAGUUUCUCUCCCUGGAUACAUGGUCGUCGAUGACCGAUGAUCGAGCGGCGGUCAGUCACUGUCCGGUGCUGGAACAUCUUGUCGUCAACCAGAACACUACCGUGCGCAGCCACCCCAAUCUCCGUUUCUUGGAUAUAUGGCAUUGUCCGGAAGAAGACGCGCCUGAUUGGACACCCGAACCGGCGCUAUUUUCUAACCUCGAAAGGGUCAGAAUCCUUGAUUGGUCUCUCAAGAACAUCCCUAAUCUAUUGGAUGUAUUGCCCCCCACUCGGGAUACGGACAAAGACUUGCGAUUAUUGCUUCCCGGAGCCGUUGUAUGGGACUGUCCCACUCGUAUUCUUGAAGAGGAGUACGUGCCUUCCAGAGGGAUUGUUGCUACGUACCUGCCGCGGAACUUGGGUGAAUUCUGCAGAACGGAUGACAGAGAAUCUUCGGAGCAGGAUGAUUUUGAUGAUUCUGAUGACGAGUCCUACGUAUACUCAUCGGUCCCGACAUCUCCGUGGUCAUGCUCUAGCUCUGCUUCAGAGAUUGUUGAAGCUCUGAAACUCUAA